AUGAACCGCGCAGUCCAAAUGACGAUGCUACAUGAAUAUAUGUUAACAUCUGAUGGAAGUUGUAGCGGUUCAUGCAGCGGCAUUAAUACACAUAAGAUCUACCGUGAGUACGAGGAUUUUCAAAAAAAAACAUGGUACCCAGAGAAUCCAUGCCAGGGAAUGAUAAACGAGUGUCGGGACAUGAACUAUGUUGAGUUUUGUGAAAUGCCUGGUAAUUUCAAAGAACGUCUGAUUUAUGUAGAUAAUUAUGAUGACCGCACCUAUGGCAGCACCCAAAACUGUUGGUUCGGUAAAAAGAGCGCACUUUGGAAGUUAAUGAUUGGUGCUUAUAGGUGUCACCCCUGCUUGUGUCAAUGUAUAGAAGACAAAGCCGAGUCAAAGGCUACUCGCACAGUGAGUUUCAGACCACAAAGGACGGAUGUGAACAAAAAUAUGGUACUGACUGGUAUACGAUUUAUCAAAAAAAAUCAAGUAAUUCAUUUGCAAAUCGAGCAGGGAAAGCUGAUUAAAGAUGGACGUAUUGAAAACGGUACUACUGAAUGGCUACCGAUUGACGAAUUUAAGUAUGAUGCAGAAACUGAGGGUGGAGCUUUCGUAAGAGUUGUUAAUGAUAAAGAAAUACCAAUGAAGAAAGAUAUAGAUUACGGGUUUAUAACCGAUAAACGUCGCUACUUUUAUCUAGACGAUCUCAUCGUUGAAGAACCAAAUUAUGUCAUUACAGGUGCGAGGUUGACACUCGCGAUGUUUUCUCCUGACGACUUUCAACUGGAAGUCCGGGUAACAAGGUUCAAUUUCACAACUGGCUCAUUGAUUCCGCUGGAUCCAAAACGUAAGGUUCAAGGGAAUGUUGAGAGUAACGGUGGAAACAUAUCUUCACAAUGGAUCUCUGCAGAUUUGCUUAUGCUGUUUACAACUAAAAAAUACGUAGAUCGAAAAUUUGUGGACGUCAAAGAAAAAAUGGAUCCUGUAAACAGCUACAAUAAUAUACCUGACUCAGAAGAUCAUUCACGAUUGAUGCUAACUCAUUCGAGUGUUAUUGACGAUGUCGGACAAAGUACGAUCCCGUACUUUGAUAUUCAGCCGGUGGUUCCAGAGCCUAGAGUCGCGCUGGACGGAAUCGGACUUUAUCACCGCGGCAACGGUGAAUCUGGAGGAUUUUUGAGUCUCAAACUUUUCACUCACAACAUUUCAAAUUAUUUGAAUCCCGUUAUAAAAUCGGGCAUGUUAACUACUGAAGAAAUAAACGACAUCAAACUGGAUAUGGAGUUUUCAGAACUAGAAUAA